UGUGGUUUCCAUGUAAUUUUAUUGCGAAAUGAUCGAAAGUUUUCAAUUCGAUACAUGUUCGAUACGAUUUGUUUAAGGAUUUGUUAGAUAAAAGCAAUCACAUCAUAUUAUAUUACAAUACAUAAAAGCUUAAAAGUGUGCUGCUUGUAACAUGGAAUAUAUGGAAGAAGACCCAGAUCUGGUAUCAGAAGCACAAACCAAUAGAGCAGUAAUAAACUCUCUAAAUGCGGACUGCUGGCGUCUCAUCUUAGACAAUUUGUCAGUUCAGGAGCUCCUGCAGACAGAACGGACAUGCAAAGACUGGCAAAAACUGGUGCUUGAUCACAUAUCACAUCGCCAAAUCAUGAUUCUCGAUAAAGAAUGUGACGAAAAUACCUUAAUAUUAAGAAAAUCGAGUGACGUGUGGCCUUCCUUCAGACGCUGGCUCAAAAAAUGUGGACCUUCAGUCCAGGAGAUUGAAGCUGACUGCCGAUAUUUUAAGGAUCUGGUGGAGGUUCUCAGGGACACCUGCCCUAACUUGGAACUCCUUAGGCUCAUCAAUUUGAAAAAGAAGCUGUCCCCAACCAGCACGCUCCACUUCCAGAAACUGAAGUGGGUCGUUUUCGAACAUUGUGAUGAGAUAACAGACGAUUGCGUCAACCAGUUCAUAACGAGCGACAUUAAUGAAUUGUCCAUCAUAUCCAACAAACGCGUCACAGGCAAAUUUCUAAACAAUUUGAAAACUGAUAAAAUGCAUCGUCUCAUACUAAGAGAGUGUAGAGCAUUAAAAUUCUCCUUCCUCCUUACUUGCGCUGACCGUUUAAAAAAUCUGACCACUUUAGUGCUAUGGAAGAAAAAUCGUAGUAAAAUUGAAAUUAGGAACAAACUUCAUUUGCUGUUAGACAAAAUGCCUAAUUUAGGACAGAUAAGUUUCAGUGUUGUGGACAUGUUCACUAGGUAUGACGACCAGCACUAUCUUGAAGAGAGUAAUGUGUUUUUCGAGUCGGUGUGUCAACUUAAGAACUUGCAUCGGUUUAACGCGAAUUUCGAAGUGUGGGAUCACCAUUUGGAAGCUUUGGCGAUCAAUUGUAAGGAAUUGCGGGCUGUGCGCUUGUCCUGCGAUCAGAUAACACGAGUGGGACUGGACGCGUUAUGUCGUCACUUGGGCCCUCAACUGUAUGAGCUGAACUUGUCGGGCAGCGCCCUUAUCGACGACGAUAUAGUCGCGUGCGUCUACGCCUGCCCUAAACUCGUGUGGCUAGACAUCUCCUUCUCCCAGCAAUCUGACCGCAUUAUACAACGCAUUGCGACCGCGCGGCGCAACAUGCGAGACAACUUGCGCGACAGCAAGUACGCGAGCAACCACAACAACAAUCUCUGCUUGAAUCUGCGGUUGGUCAUAUAUCGGUGGGAUUUUAACGGGAACGAAGAAGAUUUUAAGGAUGUCAUCGAUCUUCAAUACGCAUACUACAGAAGCGAUGAGUAUGGCAGCGAUAAUGAAUAUUAAGAGGAAACGGCCUGUUUCCUCUCUGGAUUUUAACCUAGAGCAGAGCAUAAGAAAAAGCACUAGUUUAAAACUUUUUUUCUCAAAAAUGGACGGCAAAGUCGACGUUGCCGGUUAAAAAGUAGGUCGCGAAGUGCGUUGUUUAUUGGUCAGUCAAAAAAUUAAAAAGUUAAAAAUAUCGCAGUCUCGAUUUCGGGACUGCAAUGUUGCAUACACAUUCCAUUAUUUGUCGAGUUCCAAACUUUUUAAAAGUUGAAGUGGCCAUAUCAAAUGAAGGCAUAGGUCCAUUAAACAGCCAAACAGAUGAUCAGUACUUAUUGUUAUAAUGUUGGUACCGCGACUAUUUAGGUGUUUCAAAUAGGUUGGCAUAUUUUCAGCAGAAAAAUACACUUCUAUUUUUAAUUAAAAAAAUAAAACGGCGGCAAAGCAAAUCUUAUUACUUUUUUCUGUGAAAAUAUAUACAUAAGAACGUUGCUUCUGUAAAAUAUUUCUGUUAUAUUUGUAUUUAUUGAGCCAUUUUUGAGAAAAGCACUAUAUAUGACUCGGCUGGAAGGCUACUUGCUGGCUUCGGAUUCAAUUAAACGGACUCCCAUGGUCGUCCGUUUAAAACGAAUCCUCAGCCAGCAAGUAGCUAGUUCCGAGCCUCGACAAUAAUGUACUAUUGUUUAGUUCACGAGUGAUUCGACGGCUGUGAAUUAGUUUUUAUUU